AUGCCAAGAGUCGAAACGGAGAAACAUACUGAGCCAAGCAGAAAGGAUCCCAAAAAUUCUGCUUUUGAAAGUAUAUCUCUCCGAUUGAAGUACAUCUCUCCAAUAACCUAUCUUCGGUCAAUAAAUUUAGUUUUUAUCCCUAUUGGGAUCCGAUUUUUUUCGCGUCACUGUAUGUAUAAACCACAAAAAAGUUGUGAAUGGGAACUGUCCUGGGACCAAUUAUAA